AUGUAUCAUGCCAUUAAAGAAUGGGGUGGAACUCCUUUUGGCUUUAUUGAUGAUGUGACUAUUACCGUUGAAGAUGAAAAAGUGCAACUUACUUUACCUAAUGGAGAACUUCGUGAACCCCAGAAGGAAGUUAAAUUGCUUGGAAUUACUUUGAACAAUCUGCUUGAUUUUAAAUUUCAUAUUUUGAAUAAAAUCAAUAAAGCAAGAAAAGCUGUUGGUGCUAUUUGGCAUCUUGGAGGCGUGCAUAAAGCUAUUCGUUUACACCUAAAUAUUAGCAAAACUAAUCCUAUUAAUGGUCAUUUGUUAACAUUGAUUGAGAAAUCUCCAAUUGCAAAGCUAACCACGCUUUACAUGUUGGCGAAAGAUGAUAGAGACUAUAUGAUUAAAAAGGAUGAAAAACGAAAAUGCAAGAGGGUUGAACCUCUUACACUGAAACAACAACAAAAUCAGACGAUUGGAAUUUUGAAGAAACAAGCAAUGGAAGAAUGGCAAGAAAUGUAUUGGAACAGCAGUAAGGAUCUGUGGUAUCAUAAUAUCACAGUGGAGUCGAAAUGUACUGAUAAUCUUUCCAAAAUGGUCACGGGAGUGAUCAUGAAGAAAGAUAGUCGAAGGAUCUUGAGUAAUAUUACUCAAUUUCGCACAGGCCAUGGCAACUUUGGCGCAUGGUUUAAAAAGUUUGGAAUUGAAAAGGAUAGUUACAACUGCAAAUGUGGAGAGCUGGAAACAGUUCAUCACAUUUUAGCUGAGUGUCCUUUGCUUGAAGAGGAAAGAAAAGGACUGAAACGGAUAUCUCCAGAGAUGGACAUGUCGACUCUCUUAAACAGUUUAACUGGCUUACAAGAGAUUGUAAGCUUUAUCUCUGCUUGGAGGGAUUAA